UUGAUACAAGCGUCUUCUAACCAAAAACAAAGAUGGACAAAAGAAGGGAAGUUCCCGGUUUACCACCGGGCUGGACGCGUGAAGAGUGCGUCCGUCAGUGCGGACUGUCUGCAGGCAGGACAGACGUUUACUACAUAAGCCCUGACGGUGUCAAAAUCAGAAGUAAACCUCACCUAGCAAAAUACCUUGGAGAAAAUUUUGACUUAAGUGCUUUUGAUUUCCGUGCUGGAAAGAUUAUUAGUAGCUCUCUGAGAAAAACAAAGAGACAGAGAGGAUCUUCAUAUGAUUAUGCCAGAGGUAUGCGACAUGAUACCAACCUUGCCUUGCCGAUUCGGCAGACAGCUUCAAUAUUUAAGCAGCCUGUGACAGUGAUCAGGAAUCACAAUGACAGUGUGACAAAGACAGACCUGAAACACGGACCACAGGAGCCUCCUAAACAGCUGUUCUGGGAGAAGCGCUUGCAGGGUUGGAAGGCCAGUGACAGCACUAUGGAGAUAUUCCGCUCCCUUGACCUGCCAAAAAAUAUACAAGGAGUUGGUCCUGAACUGAGCACAGAGAACAUUCUCCAGAGCAUCUCUGCGUCCCUCCACCUGAGUACAGGCCCUGUGGUCGGCCAGCAGGGGCACAAAAACAGUGUACAUAAGAACCCCGGGGUACACAUGGAUGUCUCACAACCACACAUACAGCAACUGUUGGUGUCAGAAGAGGAUGUGAACAGUCAGGAGGCUCGAGUGAAUGAGGCUCGACAGCGGCUUCAGGAGUGGCUCAGAUAAUCUGCCCCUUGACACGCCCAUCUGGACACCCCUAUCUAGAUACGCCCACUGACACAUCAACACUUGCAGUCAUUGAAAUUAAGAGUCUUUGAUGUAUAAGCUUAACUUCUUACAUUACUACAUGUACUAGGCUAAUUUGUUAAAAUAUCACCAUUGUUAGGGUUGCAGGGUUGUGUUAAUUUUGACCACUGCAUUUGGGGCUCUAUACGCUACAGGGAUCAGUAUCUUAAAAAAAAAAUCCUUUGCAUUGCAUAAAGCAAGUCAUUGAAAUACUUGACAUUUGGAUGAACAUGCCUGAACUCAUACAAAAAUGCUUGGCAUUGAAAUUUUCAUCAAGCCCUGCUAUAUGAAAUCAAGAUUUUCAGCAAGGAUGAGAUCAGUUGACCAGUGCAGAGGUUGCAGGCUUAUGCUUAUUUCCACUACUCUAAAGCUAUUGGGUAUCUGUUUCAAAUUUUAUGUUUACUGCCUACUGAUUUCUGGCAAGAAAAUGUGUUCUUAGUGUCGAAGUCUCAAUUGCAUAAUUUUUUUAAAUGUUCUGUGUAUCUGUCAUGCAUGACCUAAAAAUCAGAUCAGAAAAAAGUACUGUUUCAUAGAAUUAUUUAUAAUUGGUCCCUUAACUUACCCUUCAGAAGAAAGCAUGCUAGUUUUCUGUUUGCACUCCAGACUAUGAUGUUAGAUCACUGAUUCGUGGAUCAGUAAAGCUGAAAGUACACUGAGUUGUCAGAGAGUGAGGGUUAUUGUUAGUAAGAUGGAAGGUUUUGGAGUGUUGUGUAUAUGAAGAAAAACAAAUGUUGACAAGUGGGAUGUAUUUGAAAGUAAGAUGAACGGUGUAUUUCUAAGGUGAAUGUUGUUAAAGUGAUAUGUUACUACUAAAUUGCCAUGAAUCUUUGUUGUCAAUUAAAAAUUGCCAUUUGUAUUUAUAGAUAAUUGACUUUGUGUUUUUUUGUAUAUGACUUAUGACUAUAAUGUGAAAAUCAGCUUAGUAUUUUGUAUUUUAUUGGAUUGUCAUUAUAAGAAAAUAUUUUCCAUUAUUUUAGUGACAAAAACUUAAUGUUAGUUAAGUCAUAUUGAUUGUGUAUAAGGUAAAUUUUAGUUUUCUUCUUUUUUUAUUGGAAUAUUGACUCAGUAUCUUUUCCGUGGCAGUUGUGAAAUUUAAAUUAUUGUAAAUAAAACAUCUUGAUAACUUG